CAAGAAACGGGAGUUACGGGAGUUUUGUUGUUAUCAUGAACAAGAUACACCGUCUCGAGAAAGCGUUAACGCAUUUGCGAUCUCUAGGUGUUCUGAGAGUGAAUUUCUUGUCCACGAAACGUUUCAGUACGAACAAGGAUUCAGAAGGGCAGACCAAUGAGUCACGUUCGUUCGUGGAGCCCGGUAUUGAGAAGACCGUAACGCAAACGAAAGAAAACACAGAAACAUCGGAAUCUGAGGCAAAAUUGAGCGGCUUUGCGCAAAGUUACGAAAAGUUCUCGCACAUUGACGAUAAAAAACCAGAAACGCCACGGACGUUCGCUUUCUUAAUUCGGAACUCCAAGUUUGUCGAUUUAGGCGACCCGGAAGGAAAAGUCGUAACUGGUGAGAUAUUUCAUGUAGUUGGCGAUGACUUGUACAUCGAUUUUGGAUGGAAGUUCCAUUGCGUUUGUCAGAGACCUGUCAAGAAUGGACAAUAUUAUGUGAGAGGAUCUAAGGUUCGAUUAAGGGUAAAGGAUUUGGAACUGUCCUCCAAGUUCUUAGGCGCUGUCACAGAUAUAACUCUUCUGGAAGCUGAUUGCACUUUAAUUGGCUUAAUAUCGUCACCAUUACAAAUGGCAGAACAAAAACCGAGACAAAUGACCAGAAGAGUGAUAAUACAGGACCCUCAAUAACAUUAAUUUUUUUAUAUGAAUAGUUGUAAUUUAACAUUUUCUGACCUUAUAUUGAUUAGAAUUGUGUAGUAAAAUUUUUUUCUAAUUAUAGAUUGUAUAAAUUUUAUUUCAUGAUACAAAGAAGCAUUAUUACAUUUAACAUCGGUUCUACUAAGUUGAUUGUAUAGUAAAGACUUGAUUACUAUGAUUUUAUUUAAUAUCUAUAUUUCUGAGCACAUAAUUUUUAAAUACAUAUUUCUUAAAUUUAUUAUAAUUUUCCAUUUAUUACAACUAAUGUUAAAAAAAAAUGUGGCCAUAGUUUUUGCAAAAAGAUAGUCAAUGUUAGUGAUUGAGUGGGUGCAAUAUACCUCAAACAUCUAAAUCUGAACCACCUCGUCUCCAGCUCAAUUAACUAAUAUUGCAAGAUUGUUGCAUUAGGAAACUGUUUUUAGAUUUUAUUGUAAGAUACAGCCCAUCAUACGAACAUGCACAUAUAGGACAUAAUCGGAUAUGAGAAUGUCUUAAUAAGGAUGUUUGAUGAAUAUUUUGGGCUGCAUGGGAUAUAUAAAUCACUAUUGCCAAUUCUAUUAUUGAUGCAUACCUAUAUAUAUGAAAUGUGACUGUGACAUUUAGAGAAACCUUAGUUGGGAAAGUUUUUACAAGUUGGGAACAGUUUCCUUUUAUUUUUUUUUUUAUUUUUUUAGUGUUGAUUGUUUUUUGUUUCUGAUCGUAUUAUGUACAAUUGUUUGUAUUAUAUGCCUGCGUUCCGAUAUUCUGCCAGUACUGAAAAUUUAUAGUUUACGUCACAUACACUGUAGAAUUUCAGUACUGGCAGUGAAUAUCGGAAUGCAGCCUAUACAAAUUAUUUUUUUUUUACAAUUGAUUAGUUUUUAUUAAUUUUUAUGUACAAAUUUCGUAUAUAUACAAAUGCGUUGUGAAUGUGCAUUUGGUAAAUCCAAGUGCAGGGCUAAACCAUAUGAACAAUCACUAUAGAUAAUUUAAUAUCACAUAAUGAAUGGGAGGAGCCGGAGCAAUGGAAUAAGAUCGAGAUGAGAUAAGAUGGUAAAGAUGAAAAUGUUUUCCUCAUCAGCAUCAGACUAUCAGGUCCUGACUAGGACCUGGAGACUAGUCUCUGUCUUAUGUUUAUAUAUAAAUUAAAUCGAAAACAAGCACUAGUGAGAAAGGAAAGAUAUUUGUGUGCUGUCUGUUUUAUCGAUAUUUUUUUAAAAAACUGAUCUUUUAAUUAUGGCUUUAUAGAAUCGCAAAACUUACAAAAUGAAAAAAAUUUGAAAUACAGAUGUGUGUAUGGCAUAUAUAUACAUAUAUAAUGAAUAUUACACAUCAUAUAUGGGUGCAAUGACGAUAUAUGUUUCCAAAUUACAAAAAGUAUUAUAUAUAUAAGGUCCCGAACCAAGGGUCGAAACGUCGUGUAAUUAUUAAUUGUUUAAUAAACUGGCCAGUCGGGUCGACG